AUGCGCAAAUAUGAACGACUCUUCCACCUGGCAGAGACAAAGUGGCGGCGGCAUGUGACCGCCUACUCGGGAGGCUAUCAACGCGUGAAAGAGGGUGCGUGCCUUUGCAUUAGUGUACAGCUUUUGUUACUCAGGCAUUAGACAGCGCACUUACUUUUUCACAGCAUUUAUAUCUCAAAUUAAUUUUUAACCAUAGCGACCAUAUUCAGUGGUUGGCUCAUCUCAUGAAAUGUUGACCGGAGUUUUGAGAUGCCUCCUCGAUUAGAAGGGAUUACUUAGGCAUAAUGUCAAGAUAUUUCUGUCACAUCAGGAUGCUGGCUUUUGAAUGAGCCUCUUCCCACCCACAUGCAAAGAGCACACCUGGUAAAAAAAAUGACGACUCAAGUACUACUAAUUUUUCUCAUUGAUUUUCGAAGCCCUCAUAAAUCCAGAUAUAUUUCAUAGAAAGCCUGAACAAAAAUAUUCUUUUCGCACCCGUUUGGUAGCGAGUCACGUCUUCAAAUUUUUUACUCGAAGAAAGGAUACCUUCCUUUCUAAGAAACUUUUCCAAUUCCUGAAUCAUUUUGAACCCGACCUGCAGUCUCACCUGCACAUUGAGUUUCCAAGCUGCAUGCUACCCAUGUAAGCGAAAUCAUGCAUCUCUUUGCGCCAUUAGGAAGAUGCCAUAUAUGACUCACAAAACUGUUCAACGUGUUUGAACGGCGCUGUUUACUUCUUAGGCGGCAUUUAAUACACAGACACGAUGUUCUGUGAGUGGCCUUUUUAUUACUUUUAACAUAUCUUUCGAUUACGAACUUUUUCAGAGCCUAGAAAUUACCUUUCUUCAAGCAUGACAUUUUAAAGUGUAAAUUGCUACUGAAUGAGUACAAGAAAGAAUAAUUUUGUGUUUUCUGUAAAAUAUGUUGAAAUUUGUGAAAGCAAGGAUAGGCGGGAAAACUCAUGCUAUUUAAGUAGUCAUUUUUACUGAGAGUGGCUUCUGCAGGCGGCCGGAAAUAAGCUCAUUUAGAAGCCGACAUCCUGGCGUGACUGAAAUAUCUCUGCGCGACUAUCAGUAUUACAACUCCACCCAAGUAAUCCUUUCUAAUCGAAGAGAUAUUUCAGAAUUCCGUUUAGUAUUUAAUGAGAUGGGUCAGAUACCGUAGGUUUCUGGCAAGCAAGUCCGUGAAACACUGUUAAUCGCAAUCAACAAGUUUAUUAUUUGAUUCUAAGCAGGGCCAGAUAGAGUUUUUUUGAAAAAACUCAAUAUUAGAAUUGUUAACAUCUAUCUGACACAGAGUGAAAGAAGCAUGCUUAGCAGGAAAAUGUCCAUUAACACUAUUAGGCUGAUUCUGGACAAUAGAGUUCGAUCGAACUACAACUGGAGAAGUGUUGAAAAGGCUCGUAUUCUCUGAAGACCCUAAUCACGAAAACGGAAACUUGGUGUGUUCCACAAGUCACUUUACCAUUUAAAAGUUUGGCAACCUUUACGCCACUAAUUCUUUUCAAUUUUUGUCCCAAAUCUUAGAAGCCCGUCCAAUGGAAAUUUGUUAUGGGGAAAAUCAUAACGGAGCAAAGUAUCAAAAGCAUUGAAUUCUCGAAAGUUAUCGUGCUGUUUUUUAACGUAGGAGUAUACUUGCUUUCCUCCCAUUUCGUAGGAGAUGGAGCCCAUUUUCAUCUGAACGGCUCUGUGAGUAGGCAGAAUAUUAGGUUCCGGAGCGCCGAGAAUCCGAGUGUCAUCCAUCAGCAUGGAUUGCUCUCUAUCAAGAUCAUGGUCUGGUGCUGUGUGAUAUUCAAAGGGGCAACUAGCCUAAAUCUUGGUUUUUUCGAACGGUGUCAAUGCAAUUGCCAUAGUCGACCACCGAUAUCGAACACUGCUGGAGAAUUUUGUGCUUCCCUCAGCCGCUCUUGCGACCAAGAGCGCAAUACAGCCUCCAAGGCCGAUUUUCUAAGAACCAACAAUUUCGUGAAAAAUUCGGACUUCAUAUGACCUCUGCGCUCAUUCGAUUUGACGGCACCCACCUUUUUGCUUCGGUUGAUCUCAUGUGCGUCAAUAAGCCAGGAUUAGGAACGGCAUUGGAAGGUUAAUUCACACACUGGAAUCGAGCAUGUUAAGCCCUGUCAUGGAAAGUGCCCUAAACAGAACCUGCACGUACAUCAUUUUUCUCAUAAAUAUAAAAGUCCCCUUUUCAGUACUGUGGGGGGAAAAAUAUGUAAGAAGUUAGAAAGCUAAAAUGUUAUUUUUAAAUAGUAAAACUGCAUACGCACCAUCCUGUGGUAAACGAAAACAUGCUUGUGCGUUUGUUGUGGACCAGUACUAAUAGUGCGGUUGCCAUGGCCUACGGAAAGUUGCCAUCGACGAUGACACCAGCUGUUUUUCCUCCCCUCUCGACAGGUGUCGGCGUCACUUUUACGGACUUUUCUCAGUUUCUCCGUUUAUCCUACAAACGCUUCGGCACGGACGUAUCCUCGGAUUUCAGCGGCCUUAGCCGAAAUGAAAUUCGGUUAUUACGAACGGUUAGUUAAUCUGCCUCGCCAUUUUCGCAACGGCGAUAUUUUAGACAGUUCAAACUUUUGUUGGCGCAUGGCUUUCAGAGUGGCUUUGUUUAGCGUCACACUAUUUGUCAUUCCAUGCAUGCGCCUAUUGAACGAUCGAAUUUUUUCCGUUCACCCUAACUCUCGAUUGCUUGCCUCCAUUCAUUUGGUAUACUUCCUCUGUGUGAGUUUAGCCUACGUCUCCUGCCCUCGGGGCCGCUUAAAAUCAACCAGAUUAUAUUCGAAUUAAGGACAACCCAGUACAAAUCCUUUUAUUAUCAAACCUUAUUUGAUGUUUCCUUUUGCGGUUUCGGUGCUCUCUGCCAAGAUGGCGACGACUUUGAGAGAAUUUUGCGAAGGACCCUUCCGUACAAGAUUUCGACUUAUGACAGGCACAUGUAGGAUUAACACUGACAUUUGUUGGAGGAAGAAUUCUUUUUCCGGUGUCGCAACUAAAGUUUAGUAAAUUUUUUAUGAGUCUGAGUUUUUAUCCUGUCCUACAUCGCCACGGCAGUGCAUGGCUUAUCAAUGAUUGAAAUAUAAUAAAGUAGCAUUGACACUGUAUCGGACGGCAAUUAAAUGUACAGUAUUCCGCGCUAUAUCGCGCUACGUUAUUUGCCGCCUCACACUAUCGCGGAUUUUUCGCCGGUUCGCUGAUUUCUGCGGACAAGGGGCCUUAUUAUCACUGGUGUAUGUUUCCUCAGUUGGUUUGCUUAGUUGAUUUCAUAUACGGAAUGCUAUGGGUGGAUGGCCGAGGAGCUACUCGAUCAGAGCACGCGGUAAAGUAUCUUGGAUGCUGAUUGGCUCAGCUAAGGAAAGCAGCAUUAAAUUCGGUUUUGCAUUGGCCAGCAUCUCUCGCUCCUUCAGUAAUAACGUGCUUCUCUGUGUAAAGUGUUAUCUUUUAUGCAUAUUAAAGUCCUUCACUAUACCUCCAAAACGAUUCGCUCCUUCCACUGCUAUCGGAGCCAUGCCCAAGUGUCAACAGAAGAUGCUAACGAUCACCGAAAGAGUAAAACAUUGGGUGUAUUAAAGGAAGGAAACAGAUACGUCACUGUAGAACGCCAUUACCACUUCGACGAGUUCACAGUUCGUUAUAUGAAGAAGGAAGAAAAGAAUAAAAGAUCAACGGUCGCAGUGUCCUUUAACCAGGUCUCAGAACGAGUCGGAAGUGAAUGUGAAAAAGCUGUUGUACUAAAUGAAUCUCCACAGUGACACAUGAUACGUAUAUUUGUGCGUAGUAUACAAACGGCGUGUUUUCAACAAAUCAUAACUAAUAUCUAAGAAAAUAAAAAGGGAUUAUCCUGUAGAACUAUGUGAGAAAUGUUUCUGAGAACGUGGGAGUGUUUAUAGGGGCAUAGAAUAAAUAAAAAUAACUAUAAAACGUAUGGUUUUUGCUUCACAUAUCUUCACUUUUCGCGGGGUUCUGGGACGCAUCCCACGCGAUCGAGGAUUGAUUAGUGUACAGCUCCUCUGUGUGGUUUGUUCGCCCCAGUUUUUGUCAACAAUGGAGAUUAAGAUCAAAAUGAUUAUUAUUUAUCUCUUCGUUGUCUCCAGUCAGUCAUUUUCAACCCCAUAACCGUAGAAACCUGCUAUUUUAAGGCGACCAAAUGGGCUACAAGCCUACUCUUUUUAAUUAUGCCUUCAUGUUUGGUCAUUACCAUUUAACUACCCUAAGGUCACUGAACUAGAGCCUCUAUACAGAAUGGAGCGUCAGUAUACCGUCUGUAAUAAGGACAGGUGGAUGAACGUCACUCGCAUGCGACACAACCCCGUCCUGUUUUAAAGGAGAGAACUCCUUUGUUUAGACGGCUUUCCGCUCCGAAGAAUUGUAGUAACCACUGGGUUUCAUUUCUCGCAAAAUGAAUAGGGUGGCGAUAAGAAUUGAAGCAAAAAGUUACCUAGGCUUUCACCACCACAAAACGACCGUGGCCGACCUAAUCAUUUUUGUACAAGGGUGUUGCGUAUGCUUAUAUGCUCCGUGAGAUCUUUGUUCAACGUCCUUUUACGCAGAGCCGCGUUAAGCGAAGAUGCACUUUUGGGAAAUCGGCGUGUGAAAGCCGCUGAGAAUGCACUUUGAUUCCGAAUGCAGCGUUAUUUGAUUCAGGCCUGUUAUUCAUCCCUUGCCCUGACUGUAUUAACCCCUAGGUUCCUCGUGAUAUGGUCAGACUGACUCCCCUCUUAGUAGCCGUCGCUCUGCCAGCCACAAUUGCAAUCCUUCCCCUCUUGUAAGUUACUUUCUCAGUUAGCGGACUAUGCCGAAUAUUUUUUUUACAGCCUGAUUGCUCUCUAUCAAGAACUGGUAGUAAAAGUAGACCGCUAUAGCAGUGUCCAAUCCUAGUGGGGACAUACAUGUUCCGUAACCUGCUUGGUGAACGCUCUUUCCACGAUAUUUAAUAUUCCCGAUCGUGACUGACAGGACAACUGACCUGUGAUGCGAUAGCAGAGCGCUGAACUUGAGAACGCUUAAUGGCCAGAGAAUCUGCAUUCGAAUCCUAGGCACAAAAACCUGGGGUUGGGUAUGACUGGCUGACGACGACUAAUAAACCUGAAAUGGCCAUCCAGCCUCCCUUGUCUUCGUCGGUAUUCUUUCCUGUAUCAUUACUGGUUGCUUCGCGACUGCCUACAACCUCUUGAGAUUGAGACUCGAGGCGCAACGGGCCGAGCAUGCCCCGUAACCGGAUCAGUGAACGCCCAUCCUACAGUCCGGUCUAGUUUAGACUAAAGGAUGAGUUUGGCGUUAGGAUUAGGUUUACAGCUAGUGUUAGGAUCAUAGGUAAGUCUAAAAGUAUGGUUAGGGCUAGCAUCAGUGUUCGAGUCUUGAUCAUUAUAAAAUGUACAAACUAGGGUUAGAUUAAGUGUCGUGCUUAGGAUUAGGGCUCGGUUUACGGCUAGGGUUAGCCAAUUACGGCUAGUUGUAAAGCUAUGGCUGGCGUUAGGACUAGGGAUUAAUUGACUCUAAGUUCAAUUCAUUACCAGUCAUAAUACUGCUACUAACCCUGCCCUUAAUCACCAUUCCUAAUGCUAACCAUCGCCGUAACCUAACCCGAACUUCACUCAUUAGUGUCGCAUAGACCAACCGUCCUCCCUGCAGAAAAUUAUGGGUCAUAGGUAUUGCAAUGAAAAAAGCCUUGAACGAAAAUCGGGCAGUUCGCCAAGGGGUACGCAAAGGUGUGUGUUACCUGCUCGAAAAUGGAGUGAAACCGAAUACAGCCAAAUGCGGGCGCAUGAUUCACCUAUAACUGGCGCUGGCGACCCGCCCUCCUCAUUGCGCAAGCUGUAUACAGGGCUCGCAAAGUCAACUCCUAGUGAACACCCUCUUGCUUCAGAAUCUAACUUUCACCGUUUGCCUUGUGGUUUUAUUUCUUUUUUUGGGGUUCACGCAACCGUUAAUGAGAUUUAACUGACUAGACAGUUAUUGAAUGCCCCGAUUACGUGAGGACGAGUCUACCUGUUAGUCCGACUCUUGACUGCCCGGUGCGACUACGAGUGACGGACAACGGAACGGUCCCCAGCGAAGGGCAACUACGAACUAUGCAGACUCGCGUCUGUGCAAUAAGCAGUUACGAAGGCCGAUGUAUGGCUUUCUACCUACCUCAUGAAGUACCGGAAAGUGUGAUGACAAGACUGGGACAUAGAGGCUGUGAACUUCCAGUAAACAGGUCUUCCUAUGACCACUGUCGUACUUUUAGAUUUCAAUAAACCAAAGCGCUGGAGGAGACUUCCUGAAGCAGACAAUCCAGAUCGUUUGUUGGGGACCCGAUUCUUUCUAAACUCUGAAGGACGCCCUAUUUAGACUGAACCAGUGUCUAGUACACGUAAAAACGUAACUAAAUACCACUCCUCGGUUUAAAGAAUUGUUUUUGUCCUGGCUUAGAGGAACUACCGCAUACCUAGUUUUUCAUCGUGGCUUUAUCAUUCUGCCGCCUCUGGGCUUUUAGAAGAAGUUAGGUUUUACUUCCUUUGAUAUUGUUAACAACAUUACCCUUCUCGCAUUGUUAACAGCGGGCGGCUACUGAGACAGAGGGGAAAACCCUAAGCUCUUGUUAUUUCGUUUUCGACUUUAGUUUGGCCUUUCCACGUCUGCUGCUCACUCGAAACUUCUGGACCGAGGCGGAGAGACGCCACUUCGAUGUACUGCAACUGCGUCUUCGUCUCCUCGGUCCGCACGCGGACCUCACACGUCAGCUCACUCUCCUCGUCUCCGCUCCAUCCUCGCCUUCCUCUUCCGCCCCCUCCCAGGUGUAUAGAUCCGAUGUCCUCCAGGACCACGUUUCCGACCCAACCUCCUCUAAAGAGGAGCAGUUUUCAGAGGAGCACCGCCUUCUGUGCAAGAACCUCGACCUGGUAUCCCAUGCUCCGUCCGCCUCUCAACCUUUGAUACUGACUCGGGUUUUGAUUGUUUACCAAAAUUUCACCUUCGCGUCUGCAUGCAAAUGCACUUCCCCUGCUGACUCCCUGAGCAGUGGCAAUUAGCCAAUUUUUCGCGAUUUUUUCGCUGAUAUGGUCUAUUCGGAAGUGGCACACGUCCUUUCCCUUCUGUUUUGUCGAUUCGCACACCCGAGCUCUGCUUGAAAGCUGGUUUUAUUCACCCACAUUAGAUAGAUCGGGCCUGCAUAGUUAAUGUACCUGCUUCGAGGGUUAUUCAUAUAGUUUAAUAGUGGAUAAGAUGGUGCAGGCCUGGUAUAUGAAGGUCUUAGUCAUUAUUCCAGGAUUCUAUAAACCACUUUUCACUUGGUUUCUUUUGCGCACUGCUAGUGAGAGUUAAGUGGACAUACUGCAUUAGCCUCGACCCCUUUAUUAUAUAACUUACUUCUGGUCACUUUUAGAUUUCUCACUCCAAGACUCCCUCUUUUGAGGACGUUAAACGUUUGAUUCCCGUCUUUGAUGGACCUCUCAACCUGGACGCUCUUGAUCACCACCACAUUGUAUGUUCCUAUCUCUUCGUUUGCCUUGAAUUAUUUGGCAUCCCUUAGGUCUUUAGGAAGGGCCUACCCCAUUGGCCGGUUUGGGUGUAGGAUUCUAUUUUGCUAUGUUUAGCUACUGGGAGAAAAGGAAAUUUUCGGUAGAACUACACAAAGGAGCAUAUGUUUAUGUUCAAUUUGACUGGCUGCAUCCUCGGGAGGGCCCUACGCGAGAAGGCACUCCUCGGGAUUGACGGCUGUCAACUUGAAGAAAUAGACAGUUUUAACUACCCCGGGGCGAGGCUGCUGCCUAAUGGACAGAGUAAGGGCUACAUUGUCCCCCGAAUCGAUGCUUCCCGCUGGGUUUUCUCAAGCCUUCGGAAAUGCCAAUGGAUCCGACGUGACCUCUCCAUCGCCGCUAGGAUUCGCGUGUACCGUACAUUUGUCCGGUCUGUCCUUCUCUGCGGUUGUGAAUGCUGGGCUUUCCGCGUGGAGGAUGAGCGAAAACUGGAGGUAUUUGACCACCACUGCCUGACGACCAUCCUUCGAGUGAAGUUAAUCGACUCCGUCUCAAAUGAGACAGUCCGCGCUCGCUGCGACAACAUCGCAAGGAGAACUCAGGCCAUCGAAGAAAGACGACUGAGGUGUUUCGGGCAUGUUCUUCGAUGUCCACCUCAGGAGCUCAGUGUUACUGCCCUCGAUCCGGCACCGUCGCCCCAUUGGAGGCGUCGAAGAGGGAGUCAGUUCAAAACCUGGCUCGACACAGUUCGUCAAGACAUGGAGGUGGUUCUUGGACCUUCGGUAUUCGGUCUACAUCGUUAGCGAAGGGAAUGGGUUGAGCUGUCCAGAUCUGCUACCGCGCAUCGUCACGCGUAGAGAGGUGCAGUUCGUGACAUCAUCGAGGCCGGCUAGCUCAGGCAUGAUCGCAGCCGUAUCAAGUACAAGUAUCAUGACUCCGGUAUGCACAGACGAGCGCACGCGCCUUUGGCUCUGUAUACUGCAAAGUCGACCAAGGGAAUCAUGGUAUCCACGAGCAGAUGGGUUAACCGAUCAUCAUGUCCUCUUGUUUAGAAAGAAGGAAGAGUAAUUUCCGCCGCACAAACUGAAUAAUGUUCAUGAUUUUGUAGAACAGGGUCAGACCUAUUUAAUGUCCCAGGGAUCGAGUUUUGUGACUCAGACGAUAACGCCACCAGGUAACCUAUAAUGGAGGGUCACGUCGAAGAUUUACUAAUGAUGACGCAGGGAUUUUAGACAAAGGCGCACCAGCUAAAUGUCUUAGCCACAGAAUUGUGAUUCUUGUAGUUGGUCGUUUCUAUCGGCAAAAUGGUGGUAAGUGUAUGUAGCGAACUGAACGGUGUAGAAAUAUGACGGCGCAAAAUCUAGGCUGUGGGCUAAAUGAACUUUCCAUUGGCCUAAAAAUUACUUGCUUCGACAGGUGGAUGCGGAACCUGUCUGAAAACCCGAAAGUUUAUUUUUCCGGAGUGGUGUUUUAAGAUCUUCACCGGCGGGUGAGAUCGUCCACCUACCGGGCUGGUCUGUUUACUGACGUCUUUUAUCACUGUCUGGUAUAAGUUCAAGUCGUUUAUUUGAGACUUGCGGGAUUACCUUUUUUUAGUAGAUUUGCAACGCCUAUCUAGAUGUGUUCACAAAUAGGUACAUCCCAUCUCCUGGGCAAAUUUACACUCCCUCUACCCUUAUAAGAUGACUGACUCCUGAAAUCGAUGCCACGAGUGCCUGAUUCUUUGCCCCUUUGGCAGCCCGUUACGGCAAAUGCCCUCCCCCGCAGAAUUUUCUCCCCGCUCCUCUGCACACUUUAGUUGAAAACCCCCCUUUAUUUGCACGUUUCUCCUUACAACUGAUCUGACCGACUGCAAUGAUCGCACCUAACCCAUAGGUGGACAGUAUCUAAGACCUUAUGACGACUUAUCCGCACAACAUAGCUUAUCUUUUUCAGGCUAUAAAUGACACGUUUCACGAAGUAUUUGUUUUGUGUUAUUUUUUUAUGUCAUGAGGUAGAUGACAAAACCUUCCAAACAUUCCGCAAGUAGACGUCUAUCUCUUUUUCGUGCUAUUCCCCACAACUGAACCAAUAACAUGUUGGUGAGAGACGGACUUUUCUGUGCGGAAUGAAUGUAUGCGGAAUUACGUUGUAACGAACGUUUUGGCACAACUGCCCCGACGCUUCACUGCGGGAAGUAUUAUAACGGUUCAAGGGCAUAGUGGGGCGGGCAUUCAACUUACAUAUUCGAUAGGUGGUAGGAUGACCGCGAUCAAAGACUCCAGCGUAUAUUGAGCUAACGUUUCUUCUGUCACGUCAUUUCUCAUUUAAUCAGCAGUAUUCUACUUCAUCGCGAACAACGGAGAAUGCCUAUGCCUAUUACUAGGUAAAUUUUAUGGGCUAUUUGGGAGGGCCUACGUUAAUCGCCACUAUGCCGAGAUGUCCUUCACACACCGCGGCGGUUUAUAGAAGCCUUUUGGGCUUCUUAAAUAUGCAAAAAUUGACUCUGUUCAACCAUCAAAGUUACAAAAGAUAGGUUCUCAGAAGACGUUUUGAGUUCUCACUGAUGAUUAUUUAAAAUCGUUUGAAGUAAAGUGCAGCGGACGCUAAGCUCCACGCCGCUAGUGUCGGGGUUAGUGCGAAUGCUUCCUUCCACAGCGAAUAAACUGUGGACCGGCUACCCAGUGAUUGCUGACGGCCGUCGAUUGACCUUCCUGUUGCAAGACCCUUCAGUAUCCACUGUCUUCCUCAGAGAACCUUCACAUACUGUCACAAUACUGCUACCUUUGAGAUACAGGGGCUUCGCGCAGUCUUCGUGAGUAUCCGUUUCGGUUUACCAACUGAAUGCGUUUCGUCUUUCGUAAGGAUGACCGUUACUGCUAAGAUGUUGUCAGUACAGACCUUCCCGUUUUAAGACACUGGGAAAAGUAGUUAUGUUGAAGCACGUAUUAGUACUUCUAUCUGCUGUAUGUCUCUAAAACUUACAUGGUAAAACUGCCAAACUUAGCCAGAUGGCACCCCUUUUACCGCGAAGUUGAAUCCUUAUGUUUUUCUCAUAUCAUUUGUCGUGUGCGUUUUCAUCCUUUUCAGACCUUUCUUUGUGGCCUGCAUGGCCUAGUCAGAUAUCGCAAACCCCUACCUAACUCUGCAGUCUAUCGUCGGCCAUUUGCUGAUUUCCUCCGCUCCCCAGCAAACAUCAGCCGCCGUCGACAGCAACUGCAGCGACUCGCGCAGUACGUAUUUGCUGAGGAUAGGCACCUUGCCACCGAGCUGAAUCGCGACGUACUCAUCCCCGACCGGGAGCUCGUAGAGGUACUUCCACUGCGUCUUAACCACUUCUGUUUUAUCUGGAUAAAGGAUGCUAUUAUUUCUCGUUACACCUCUAAUACCCAACUAUAUAGAUGUAUAUACCGUACAUUUAUAUAUAAGCCAGAAAUGGCCAUUCCAGUCUCCUUUUUCUUUGUCGAUAAUAUCAUUCUGCCUAUAUCACGCGCCGCUGUGCGGCUACUGGUUGGGCUCGAGAGGGAGCCCGUAAGGCACAAUGAAACGAGUGAGUUCCGUAAGGACCAUCAGUGAGCGCCCCUCUAGCAUGUAUACAUACAUAUAAACCACAUCUGUGGAGGAAUUGGAUUUGCGCGUACGUGGAGGACACGCGGAGGGAGCAAUAUCAGCAAUAUUUUCGGGCGCGAAGCGCUUGAGUCAGCACGACGGUGGGUAACAUUCGCCCUCCGCGUGUCUUCCACGUACGCGUAAAUCCAAUUUCUCUGCAAAUAUGCUUUAUAUGCAUAUAUACAUGCUACAAGGGCACUCACCGGUCGUCUUUACGCAAUUGUCAUGUCAGGCCUGCUGAAGGAAUAUCUGAAUUCACAGAACGGCAGAGAAUCACCUUGGGUUAAUACCUAACUUAAAAUCAUCGGUCACUACGGACCACCAUUUUUUGCGGAGACUUGACACCACGUCGAUCACUGCUCAUCACCAGCCAACCUACAGGCACAGGCGGGCCAAUUAUGUGUGGGAGAGGGGAAGAUCGGGCCAAUGUGAUCCUGCGGUACUCUUUUCAACGCAUUCCUUGCCACCAUUAGCCUAGUGCCUUUUUAACUUAUCACAGCGCCCUAGAUCUCGUGUCCUGGAAGGUCCCCAGCAGCCGAGAUAAUUUCUCGAUCCUCCUUCGCACUCAGAGUCAGACUUCAAUGCCGCCUUUUUACUAUGGCCUUCGUGACACUCUCAUUUGCGUGACCUCUGCUCAUUUCUUCUCUCCUUGUGGGGCCAGGAAUUGGGUCCUGUAUGGCACGCGUAGAUGGCCUGUUUAGUUUUCUCAGCCAGUCAUCACGCCCACACCCAUUCUCAGCCGUCUUGCCACUAGAACACCGUGGGCACAAUAGAAGAGAGUGAGGUAGACCCUGUACAAGUUUGCUUCACUGUGAAAAAUUUCACUCAUAAACCACAAAUACCUUCUCUGGACGGUGGUGGUGGACAUCUUCGUUUCCGAGGCAGCUAAUAAGAAGAAACUUGACUUCGGAACCGCGACUGUAUUAUCCUGACAGUAAAGAAAUAUUAACUACCACUGCCAGAAAUGAGGUCUCUGCCGCAACCCGCGGCAUUCAAUGACCUGGCGGUCAUCUUAGCACGAGAUUAAUCUAAAGGUAGUUUUUGUAACUACAUAUUUGUGCGACUGCCUGGGGCCUUCGACUGGACUCCAACUUACAACGGCAUAGACAUGUUCCGUAUUGCCAGCGGAUUGAUGAACAAUGGAACAACAAGCCGUAGUUUGCCGGUAGGAUGUUGGUCUUAAGACACAAUGACCAGAGUGUCCCCGAGUUAUUUGAACCUGAAGUACUGACACGGCUGACUGACGGCAAAUAAGCUGGAAAUGGCAAUCUGAGUCUUUUUCGUUGAUAGCACUUAUUCCGCAUAUAUUAGGUUUCACCAUUUACCUAAAAAAAACGUUCAGUAGCCCAUUUAUUCGGCAAAGAUUUUCAAGAACCAUCUUAUUUUGAAUGUUUUGGUAAACGCCAACAGGAGAAUUAACCCUUUUGGAAAUCGAUUGAUAGCACGGCAAAGCUCGAAGUAUUCGCUGGCAGUUCAAGGACUCCCUGAAAAUCAGUAGGUCCCACCGUCCCCGAAAGGCGCAUAGUAAUUUUACAGAAAAAUUAUCCUAAUGCACAGACAGUAGUUUGUCUAUGAGUGAUUUUCUUAGUCAAAUUUCAUUUCCUUGGCCAUUGUCGAACUUUUCUACGCGUAUCCUCAUAGAACCUUUUUAUUCCUGCGACCUUCCUACCCACUAAACCGAACGAGGCUACCAUUGUCUUACUCAUCUGCAUCUUUAUCAAUGCAAUAACAACGAAUUACAUCGGAGUCUUGUAACAUCAUUUUGCAGCGCAUGGUCAGACGUCAAGCAGUUGACUAGCCGGAAUACAGCACAUUUAACUAGUUUUUGGAGGCCAUCUAUCCGAAAAUUAUCUAAAAUGGUUUCCUUAGACGCUGACACGUUUAUGCUAUCUUAGAAACUUAGUUGCUUGCAUGGGUCUGCGUCACUAACUUCUGCUGAUAAGGUUUUCUCAUUUGACACGAAUUCCCAGGCUUUCGGCAUUUUCACUUCUUAACGAAGACUGCUAUUCCUAACCAGCGUAAUGUUAACUUUAAUAUUUCCUUUGUUUUUCCCCUCAACUAAGGGUCGUUCAUUAGUAUUUGGAUAUUUUUUGGUGCAUUAGGAUUGGUUUCCGAUUGAUGAGACAUUUUUCGUGAACUUUUGCAUAUUUCAUGAUUUGCGUCACCAACAAUACCGCCGUAACCACCAGCCGUUGUCGGAUGAAACAAACAGGGCAGAUGAGGUUUUCACAUUGUUUAUGUAUUUCAAAAAUAUAUUAUCCUGUCAUGAAUUUUCCCUACAGCUCUGCCUGCUUCGCGGGAUCGACGGCCACUCGCUGAGUGUUACCGACAUGUCUCGGCAACUGCAAACAUGGUGCUCCAUCAGUCUGGCGGCAAGCGGUUAGUUGUACAACGUACUUCCUAUACACCGUCUUUUCUUUUAAUCCUACGUGGGCCUCCACGGCGUUGUGUAGUUUGUGAGAAGACUUCUAUUGUAUGUUCCAUUGUCUUUACAACCACCGGAUGUUUCUUUCUCGGCCUGUUUCGAGACAGUUACGGGUUCGAUACUAGUUAAUUUUCCUAGCCCUAAAUCCAGCCUUUGCCUCAAUGUCUAACUCACAUCACUGUAAUACCGCCAAGGACUUAUUUGACCGCAGUUCCUGCCCGCCAUGUCACGGCGCCUUCGUAGGCAUUGGCAGCACUUUAUACGACAGCCGAUCUGCCAAAAAUUUCAACCUUCGCCUGCUGCAAACACUGUGUCUGCUAGUCCAUUGUAACCUAUUUUCCGGAGGCAAGUCAACUUAUUUCACAGCUGACCCUUCAUUUUCCGCCGCAUAUGGACUCGCGAGGUGGCCAGCAGCCAGGGGCCAACUGUCAGGGCUCCCGUCUCUUCGCGGCUUCCCCAGGCCGCCUAUCAGUGUAUCCACCGACUGACCUUUUAUCUGUUGAUAUGACCCAUUUCAUUUUCCACCAGAUAAUGUCACUUUACAAACACCAACAUCAGCUACUGAAGACCGCGACAGAGACCUACAGUAAGUGGGCUAACUCAUGAAAUCUCAACAUAAAUUCCGAAAUGCGUUUCCUUUUCGAAAAGAUUAAUUAAAUACGGUUGUAAAACCACCCAUUGUGCAGUUUAAUUCUAUAAUAAAUCUGUUAUCCGAGAGCGUCGGCUUUUGAACAAACUUCUUUCAGGCUGCAGCCAAAAACCAUACUCCGUAAAAAAAUGACCACUUAAGUAGCAUGCACUUUUUUCAUUGAUUUUCGAUGCCCUUGGAGAUGCAAAUAUAUUUCGUAGAAAACAUGCACAAAAAUAUUCAUUCUUUUGCUCAUUCAGUAGAAAAUUACGUCUUCUUUCAAUUUUAUACUCGAAGGGAGUGUUUAAUUCGGUUUGAUGAAACUCUUCCAAUUCCCGAAUAAUUUUGAACCCGGCCUGCCGUUACACUUGCAUUCAACGUUCCCAAACUACAAGCUGUAUAAUUUUCGCUUACGGAAAACCAUACAUUUCUCUACCGUAUUAAGAGGAGACUACAUGGGGUUCAUAAAAUGCAGCAGUGGAUUUGAGCCAUAUUGUUAACUUUAUUAUAAGUGCAGAGACAUGAAAAUACAGAAACAUGACGUUUUAUGAACGGCCAUCUCAUGGCAUUACAAAAUCUCACAACUGGAAACCUUUUAAAAACCGAAUUAUACCCUUCCAUCGAGUAUAAAAUUGGAAGAAGACGUCAUUUUCUACCGAUUGAGCAAAAGAAUGAAUAGUUUUGUGCGUUUUCCAUGAAAUAUAAGUGCAUCUUUAAGGGCAUCGAAAAUCGAUAAAAAAGAUGCAUGCUACUUAAGUGGUCAUUUUUUACGAAGUAUGGUUUUUGCAUGCAGCCGGAAAGAAGUUCGUUCGAAAGCCGGCGUCCUGGGGUAACUGAUUUAUUAUAGAAUUAUGCUGCACAAUGAUUGUUUUUACAACCGUAUUUACUUAAUCUUUUCGAAAAGGAAACACAUUUCGGAAUUUAUGUUGAGAUCUCAUGAGUUAGCCUACUUACUGUACUUGCAGCUGGAGGAGUUAGUUGAAAGACUUUUUCACCGUGAUCUGCUAACUGUUAUCGGGGAAUAAAAUGGCCUGAGGGUACCCAGCAACUCCUCAAACAGUCACCUUAUUUGCCGUCUUGUGCUUGGCUCUCGAUGCGACGCCGGUGAGGGAAUGUUGAAUUUUACCGAUCAGAACCGACUGUCUGUCACCGGCACGUGCUUCCAACAUCACCCCACGUAUCUGCUAACCUGGUAUUUAAACUACGGUCAUGCGAUCAGUCGGAUCGAUUACAUUCUAGUCAGUUAAAGGUUCCCUAGCCGAGUUUGCGAUGGCAUAUCUAUGCUUGGUGCCGAAACUGGUAACGCCUAUGGGUCUGACCAUGCUUUCGUUCGCAUACGUCUGCAAGUUCACCUCUCAUUCGCUCCGAAACUGCCACAUACAGGAAGCCUUGAUGUCGCAAGACUUCGUAAACCCAGCACCGCGGAGACCCUAGGCAGAGAAAUAUGGUCCUGUUUUACGACGCCAGCCGAUGGUGAACGCAGUGGCCAAUAGUCAUUAUUGAAGCCAUCAGUCUAUGGGGCAGCGGACAAAAUUCUUGAAUUCACACAAGGGCUCCUCAGUGACUGGAUUGACGGAUGAGCCCUACAGUUGUCUGCUUAGACGGCCCGAGCCAGGUCCUGUAAUGAUGAUUUUUUCCGCCAACUUCGAAAACUGACGACAAAGUCGGCCAGGGAUGAUCGGAAGCAGUAUUGGGCUGAAAUAGCGACCUCCAUGGAACAGGCCUCGAACGUCGGUGACACUCGAAAACUCUACCAACUUGUCCGCCAAGUUAGUGGUAGGCCCUCUACACUAAGUGACUCUGUUCGCGAUGUGAAUUGCGGCUUUAUUGCUGACAACUCGGCCAAAGUCGAACGCUAGCGUGAGCACUUCGGGCACCAUCUCAACUUUGAUACCCAACCCAACUCGCCCUUGUUCUCCUCUGCAACUGAGUUUCUUCCCUCUCCAACCUAUGCAGUGCCAUGCGACCCCCUUCUGAAGGAGAGGUCGUGAAUAGCAGCUCUACCGCUGAAAACUCGACCAAGGUCACUGGUGUAUCCGUCCGGUUAAUCCAGCCCAACAGUUGUGAAUGUUGGGCUGUACGCGUGGAAAAUAUGUGGGGACGGGAAGCAUUUGACCACCACUGCCUGGAAGCCAUCCUUUAAGUGGAGUACACCGACUUCAUCUCAAAUGAGGCAGUCUGCCUUCAUUCCGAUGACUGAGGUGGUUUAGGCACUAUCUUCGCCGUCCGCCUCACGAGCUCAGUCAUGCCGCCCCUGAUCCGACGCCGUUGCCCACUUAGGCGCGUUGAAGAGGAGGUAAACUCAAGACCUGUCUCGACACAGUUUGUUAAGGAAUGGAAGUGGUUUUUGAGUCUUUGGUACUCGGUCUCUUUCGCUGGAGAAGAGAAUGUGUUGAGCUGUCCAGAUCCGUUGCCGCACAUCGUCACGCGUGAAGAGGUACGACCCGUGACAUAGUCGAGGCCGGCUAGAUCAGACGUGAUCAUCGCCGCACCAAGUACAAGUAAGAAACUGUUACCCAAGUACUCCUGAAGGUAUUGCUGUCGCGUGACCCGCGAAUAGUUUUUCGCUGUACGCAAGAGACUGCUCCUUUCGUAGUCGUUCAUCGCUGAAGGCCGAAGCUAGGCCACCGUGCAGAUCCAGUUUUUCUGGGUCUCCUGUAGUCCCAAACAAACAUUUGAAGGUAGGGAUAACUGCUAGAAUGUGGUUGACAGAAAGCGUCUGGUAAAACACAGAGGACUGUCUAAAGUUCAGUUUCGGAUUGAACUGCGAUAAUUUUUUGACCUCAGUUUAUGUUAAAAACAACUAGGGACAAGUGGUUAACGGUCCCAUACUUUGGGGAGGGAGAUGGCUUAGGGGACACGAGCGCUUCCCAAUGAACGAAUCGAGGGUUUUAUACAAACAUCUUGUGGGAAAAAGUGGUUGAAAGCUGUUUUAGGAGGUUUGGACAGUGCCGUGACUAGAAGAAAAUAAAUUUUUCCAUUGCCUGCGAAAGUCUAACAAAAGUAGAAACGCCUUUUUGUCAGUUCCGUUCUACUUAAUUCGUUGAGGAAUAAUAAUAUAUACGAAGAGUCCUGGAAACCACCAAGAUGAUCGUCAACAGGGUCAUUAGCUUUAGUUAGGGUUGGAGUUAGGUUUACAUGACCCCAACCUUACCCCUAGCUUGACCACUGCGUGUGCGUUUUUACCUAUGGUGUCACUGAAAUGAACCAUCUUUCGCUACCACUAUAAAGUAAGUAGCAAAAAAUGCACACGAUUUUUGUGGUUUGUCUAACGGUCUUAUUGGUGCUCGUACGGUUAUAUCCAAUGCCAGUCGCCUCCUACGUACACGAUUGGUUAGGUAUUCGGAAGACGAAGAUGCGAUUAUUGAUCGCAUCUUCGUCUUCUGAACUGCCUCUUGGAAAUCGCCUGUUCGUUUCUAUUGGUUCGGUAUUCUUAUAAGCCGCUCCACCGACGCGCCUUGCAAUUUUGCCAGGGUUUUGUCAUGCAUUUAUUGGAUGUUUAGUGUAACGAGAUACUAUAGUAGCAGCACAGGUAAUAGCUAAAAGCCCAGGCACGCGUGUUUCGUCGAUAUUCUACCACUGCAUGGCAUAGCUGCGAGGGGUUCAGCUCGUCUGUGCGUCUCCCAGCCUUCCCGUGUACUUUCUGAUAAAUACUCCAGUUUGAAAAUUGUUGCUUUUUAAUCCCCUCAGAAAUUAACUGCUAACUCGGAGUAGAUCAGUUUAUACUGAUGCCUGUAGGCGCAGACCGCUGUGGCUGAUAGACUUCGACCCAACUAUUCAUGCAUCAAAUUUCGGUCUGCGCCUAUAGACCCUAUUAUAAAACUGAUUUACUCCAAAUUAGCAGUUAAUUUCUGAGGAAAUUAAAAAGCAACGAUUUCUUGGAUUGUUUUCAAUACUCUUCCCGCAUAUACCCUAUUUAUUUCGCAUUCCCAGUAACGGAGACUUUUCAAUGGAUUUUAAGAUUAGUGAUGACAACGAGGAUUUCUAAUCCAAAGAGCUCUUUCUCCUCUUCUUUUGCCUGGAAGAGUAUUUAGCGUAGUUAGGUUCGAGGAACUUUCCUCUCUGUGAACUAAUGAUCUCGUUAUGCCAUCCCGACCUCUGCAUAAGUAUGCCUGAUAAUCUUUAAAUUUCACUUUAGUUUGAAGUGGUCUGGCAUCCCUCUGUUGCAGGCUUCAAGGUAACUCACCUUUGCCGUCUCUUCUAUUUUAGAUACUAGCCACAGCUUCCGUCUCCAUCUUCCAUACCUACUCAACUUCAAGCGACAACUUAUAUCUUACGAGGACCUUCCCUGA